AUGGCAUAUUGGUAUCCGAAUUUUGAUGUUAAAAUGGAAUCAGUCAGCACCCUAUGUAUAGAAAAUGUUGGCUGGUUGAAAGAGCAAAAACUGGAAGUUAGUCAGUUUUUUCUUGGCAAAAAAAAUGUUACCAAGAUACCGCCAGAUGUCUGCAGUGUUCUCUCAGAUGGAAUUUGUGUGUCCACUCUGACUUCUCAAACAACCGGCCAAAGAAUGGAAGAACCAAUACUCUGUUGGGCAGAGAAGAACAUGGGUAUGCAGAGAGACACUUUAGAUCAGCAGUUCAUAAUAGUGAAGGACAAUGAUAGUGAGAUGAAUCCUUUUGAAGGACCUUGUGGAGUUGUCAUAGAGAAAAAUGGAGAUAACGGGAAGGAGUACUAUUCACACUUCAAAGGACGGGCUGAUUCAAUAUUGUCAAUGUGUUCAAGUUACUAUGACAUGAAGGGAGAAGUGCAGGAUUUGGAUGACGAAACAAAGAGUGAAUUUGCUCAAGCUAACAACAACAAUGUGAACGUAGUUGCAUUUGCCUGCAAACGUACACAGGUUGUUGAACUUGAUGAAAAUGGCCUAACAUUCAUUGGUAUGUUUGUCUUAGAAGAUAAUUUCAAUCUAGACAACAUGAGGCAAGGAAUUGAGAUUCUGAAAGAAGGUGGAGUGAAGAUGAUAUUUGCCUCGGAAGAAGAUGUUGAAGUGCUUCGUGCCAUUGGUGAUGAAACAGGAUUGCUCAACUCACAUGAUGCUCUAGUAGUUAGGGGUGCAGAUGCUACGAAGGAAAAUGUUGAGAAAAUUUGCAUUAUGGGAAAUUCCUCUCCCACACACAAGCUUCUUUUAAUAGAGGAGUUGAAGAAAAGAGAAGUGGUGGCUGUGGUAGGAGAACAAGCAUCUGAAAGUAAUGUGGUUCUUGAAGCAGCUCAUUUUGGCCUGCCUGUGGUGACUAACUGGCCUGAAACUAUAAAUUAUGUGAUUAACAGCAUCAGGGGAGGAAGAAUUGUUUGUGAGAAUCUGAGGCAAUUCAUCCAAGUUGAGGUAAUCCUGGCAAUCAGUAGCUUAUCAAUAAACUUCAUACUGGUUAUAUUAGACGGAGAUGCCCCGUUAACAUUCAUUCAGUUGGUAUGGGUUAACCUUCUUGUUACAUUUAUUGGAGGGCCAGCUUUGCUAAUUACUCAACAGGCCACAAGAGAACUAAGGGAUAAGCUUUCUAUCAGACCAAGAAAACUGCCAAUUACCAAGGGCAUGUUGAGAAACAUACUUCUUCAAGUUUCUUAUCAGACUGUGCAAGGGGAUUUGGAGCAGAGGAAUUAUUUCAAAGGUCUCGGUCAAAAUUACUUGUUUUGGGCAUUGUCUGGGCUCUAUCUUGUGUUGCAGUUUGGAUUCAUUGAAUUAGAGGCUUUCUUGUUUAGCAACACGGCACGACUGAAUUGGAAGCAAUGGGCUGAAUCCAUUUUAAUUGGAGCUGUCACAUGGUUGCUUGAUGUGAUAGUAAAAUGGGCAUCACAAUACAUAAAGAUGGUCAAAUAUUGUGACCCUGGAGUUCUUCACCUAGGUAGAAACUGGUUACAGGAUUGGUUUGCCAGAGUCAAUUGCUGGGACAGUGGACAAAGUAGCACACCAAAUCCAACUCUUGCUUCUUUGGAUUCUCCAAGAUCCUCUAGUGGAAAGGGCUGGAUAACAAAUAUAACACGUCGUGUUAAACCAACCAAGGAUAGAACUAAUACUUUGAUGGAUUAA